AUGCCCUGCCUCCACCCUGAAGCGCUGGAGUCCACGGAGCCUGGCGGCGCGACCCCCGGGGCAUCUCCCGCCCCUGAGGCAGAGGAGUCCUUGCGCCGGGAGAUAGUGAGUGAGCCGUCGAUGGGGGAGGGCAUGGGCUGGUUCUUCUCCCCGCUUUGGAGCCCCCGCUCCAGGACGCGUAGCAGAAGGUUUGGAGACGCUAUGAAGAGCGACCAGGUGGAAGCAUGGUUGGAUGACCACUCUGACUUUACAAGGGCGUACUUUUUACGCAGAGCUUCAGCGGUCAGUGGUCCACAGGCAGAGACGUCUCCACUGCUGCCCAGGGUUCCCAGGAGCAGCUCUGAUUACUCUGACCUGCUCAUGAAGGCCCGUCAUCGCAGACCUUCGUCUCCACUGAUCAACUCGCCCCUGAACAUCUCGUCUUCAACGGACAGGGUCAAACCCCUCGCCUCCAAUCUCAGUGCCCCCGAGUGGAUGGAUCGUUUCAGUCCGGAUGUAUUGGGCAAUCACUCACAUUGUUCUUCCCGCUUUUGUCUUUCUCCAAGUCGUCCUCCUUCUCCCAUUUGCCCUUGCUCCCCUGACUUGCCCCACUCUCCUCACCCUCUGCGUCCCGCUGCUACAAAGACUGCAGCCUGUGGCCAGGGCGAGACCUGCCCAUGGAUGAUGGUGCUCCUGAGGGGAGGUCUCAGGUUGAUGGGUUCCGUAGCAGAGCUCUGCCGGGGGGCUGUCCUGCACACCGGGGAGCUGCUGGCAGCUGAGUGCUGCUCCCUGUCUCUGGUAAAGAAAGAGUCGGGUGAAAGUAGCACCUUGGAGGAGGUGAUCGCCCCGACAGCAUUGGGAUGCUUGAGUGAGGGCAACAUAUGGAGCCAUGUGCACCUGGAGCUGCUCAAGGGUAUCAUGGGAUGUGUACUGGCUACGGGGUCACCAAUGAACCUGAGAGACACAUCGGAGGACCCAAGGUUCAACUUAGAUGAAGAUCAAUCAUCAGCCUGGAAGAUCAGGAGUGUUUUGAGUGUGCCCAUCAAGAACCACAGGGGAGAGGUGGUAGGUGUAGUGGUAAUGGUCAAUAGGAGAAGUUUUGGAGAUGGAUCGUUUUCUGCUUUUACCAGCAUGGAUGAGAAGGUGCUGUCUAAUCACAUGGAUGUGUUGGGGUUGGUCUUGGACAAUAUCCAGCUGUAUGAGAGCUCGAGACAGGAGGCCAAACGCAGUCAGGUCUUGAUUGACAUGGCACAGGUAUUGUUCAAGGACCAUCGUUCCUUUGAGGCUCUGCUGAGUAAGAUGGCGGCCACCAUCAUGCCCUUCACACGUGCUCAGUACUGCACCAUCUUCAUCCCCAGCAAGCAAACCUCAGUCAUCACAGACAAGAUUUCGUUCUCGCGAGUGAUACACCUUGAGUGUGAGGAGCUCGGAUCAACCUGCCAGAUCUACAGAAGGGAGCGUGACAUCAGCGAUAUAGAUCCAUCAUAUGCCCUUCGAACUCUGGUCAGUAUGGAAACACUUAAUGUGUCGGAGAGUUCUGAAGGAUCAAUCAAGAGUCUGAUCUGUUGCCCUGUUAGAAGCGAGGGAUCGGAAAAUGUCAUCGCGGUGUGCCAGCUGAUGCACACAUGCAGCAGAGACACAGAUGACAUGGAAGCCUUUAACAAAUAUGAUGAGCGCCUACUGGAGGACCUGGCAGUGUACUGCAGCCUGGCUCUGCAGUAUGCUCAGGCUGUGCAGAUCACUGAGGAGCGAAGGGCCAGUAUCGAGGUCACACAGGAGGUUCUUGCCUACCACAUUACCGCAGCAGAAGAGGAAAUCCAGGCACUGCAGGAGGUAACCAUUCCUUCUGCUGAAUCACUGCACAUUCUAGACUUCCAUUUCUCGGAUUUUGGCCUGCCAGAAGACCUCACCACACAGGCCACCAUCCGUAUGUUCCUGGACCUCAAUUUAGUGCAGGAUUUUAACAUUGAUUACAAGACACUGUGUCAGUGGGUCCUGACUGUGAGGCGUGGUUACAGGAACAACGUGCCUUAUCACAACUGGAACCAUGCACUGAGCACUGCACAAAGCAUGUUCGCUAUGCUCAUGGCCACAGACCAGCUCCAGACUAUUUUUUCCCGUCUGGAGAUCUUAGCAUUGAUGAUAGCCACUCUGAAUCAUGAUCUUGACCACAGAGGAGUCAGCAACUCUUAUAUAGAAAGGAGUCAACAGCCCUUAGCUCAGCUAUAUGGACACUCUUCUCUUGAGAACCACCACUACAAUCUGUGCCUCUUCAUCCUAAACAACACCGGGAGUCAGAUUCUCACCGGUCUCUCUACAGAGGACCAUAAAACUGCACUACACAUGAUCAAAAGGGCAAUCCUCGCCACUGACCUGACCGUGUAUAUGGAGAGAAGGAAUGAGUUCUUUUCUCUUGCUAAGAAAAGCAGAGUGAACUGGAAGAGUGAGAAACAAAGAGAGCUGUUGAGGUCGAUGUUAAUGACCGCUAGUGACCUCUCUGCUAUCACAAAGCCUUGGCCUGAGCAAAAACGGAUUGCCAACCUGGUUGCCAUGGAGUUCUUUGCACAAGGGGACAAAGAGAAAGAAGAGUUCAAAAUCAAACCCAUUGACAUUAUGAACAGAGAAAACAGCACUCGACUGCCAUACAUGCAAGUUGAAUACAUCGAUGAGAUCUGCUAUCCACUCUACAAGGCUGUAACACGACUGUUUGACACCUGUUCCCCACUGCUGAAUGGUUGUAAGACGAACAGGGAAAACUGGCUGCAUGUUGCUGAGGAAGCAGAGGAAGAAAACAAUGAAAAUAGUAGUGGUGUAACCCUGGAAACACAUAGAAAUCCAUGAGAGAGAGACAGACAGAAGUAUAGAGGACCAGACAGAAGAUGAAGAGAGAGCUUUGGAAGCAAAAAAAUUAUUUGACCUACAUACACCCGUUUCUCUCUAUCCUCUCCCGGACACACUUUAACUAAAUAUCGAGUUAGUGCCCACACUUCAAAACUUUGACUACCAAAUGUGUUAAUGGGUUAUACAAUAGUCUUGACUUAUGUAAGAAAUGCUGCAAUUAUGUCCCAAACAACUGACUAAGAGCAUAUGCCGCAGCAUAUCCAAUGUAAACCCUGUCAGCAGUGUCAAGUCUCGAAAUGAUCUAUUUCCCCACUUUUAAAAGAUGAAGCUGUGGAAGUCUGCAACAUGAUUUUGAUCAUAUCCGUACCGCAUCUGUAUUUUCCUCUGUGCUGCACAUAGUUUUAUGGCUGCAUAUCUAGAUUUUGCAAAUGCAUUCUAAGAUUUGUAAAACUUUAUCCAGCUUUAAAAAUAUGCAGAAAAAAAGAACU